AUGCAGCAGCAACAUCAAGCCAGAAGCAGCAGCAGCAGCAGCGGUAGGCCGUCGCAUCCCACUCAAAUCACCGUAACGGCGGCUGGCGACCACAGCCCGACGCACGACCCACAAGCUCAUCCUGACACGACCUCUUCCGCUCAACCUUCGCCUGUACCCCUUACGCCGCGCGCUUCCACCUUCCAGCUUCCUGAUGUUGCAUCAUUGUCUGGAGCAGAUGGCAGGACACCCUCCGCAUCCUCAUCGUUCACCAUGAAUCCCCAUCAUAUCACAACGAGCGGCUCGUAUACCGCGCCCACUUCUCCGACGCUAGCGAGCUCCAUGUUUCGCACAAAUACCAUCGGCCCGACCGCUACUGCAGCUUCGUCUAGCUUGGAUCGAUCAGCGAGCGCACAUCCGGAUCUGAGCAAUAGCAUAAACGGGCUCGGCAUCUCGGCAGCAGCAGAAACAUCAGCAGUAGCGAGCAGCAGCGGCGCUAGCGCUGCGAAUGGUGCGACUGGCAACGGUAGCGCCAAUGCGUCCACAUCAGGAGGAACAAAAGAAACAUGGAAGCGACGCAAGCAAGUCCUUCUCGCCGAAGCGAACGACCACACCGUCGCCGACCUCCAGCUCCACGGUCUUCGUCCACCACCCUACAGCUACCAUCCCUACUACCAGAACUCCUCUAUCCUCGGCCAGACGGUCGGUCAACUCACAGCCCACACAGCAAGUACCUCGCGCGAUCCCAACCCCAACCAAGCCUCCCUCGCUUCAUCUCGAACCGCCAUCUUACGUCCAGACGAUGCACAUGUACGCAACGACAUCAUCCGCAUGAUCGACCAGUGGCUCGCCGACGAAGGUUUCGGCGCAACACGCCAGCUGCUCAUGGAAGAAGCCGGCAUCAAGCGACGUGAGAGGGAGGAAGCAGGGCUCGACGCACGAAAGCUGCGAGGUCACAUACUCGAAGGUGACUGGCCCGAGGUGGAUAAGCUCCUGCAGAAACCGCUCGUCAAGAACCACAAGGCCUUCUUGUACGCCGUAUACAAGCAACAGUUCUUGGAACACAUCGAGCAUCGAGAGUUUCAGAAAGGCUUCACUUUCUUGAACAAGAGGUUGAAGCCGCUGGAGCAUUACCAGCCGCAUCCGUCCGAGUAUAGGGAUUUGUGCUACUUGUUAUCGGCCAAGGCGGUGACAGAUGCUCCAUCGUUUGCAACAUGGGAGGGGAUCCAACCAGGGAGGGAGAAGCUGGUCAUGGAGUUCGCCGCCAUGCUCGAACAGGACUGGAUGGAAAGGGAGGCCGGUUUGCCCGGAUCAGCUUCCACCAACGCGAGCAGCGGGAGGAGCGAGAGUCGGGAACCUUCAGAAUUGAUGGACGACGGCAUGAUGACCGACAGCGUCGCCUCGACCAGCGCAUCCAAGAACGCUACUGCUAACGGCUACACGUACGUCCCGCCACAUCGACUGCUGACCAUGCUUCAUCAGGCUGUAGCCUACCAAGUCGAGUUUGCACGAUACCACCCCAAAAAGGCACCCGUCAUCUCUGGCCUCCUCCACGACUACACCGGAUUUAUCGUCCCCAACUCGGUGGCUCACACCAUGCGCGGUCACCGCAAGAACGUCAAGAGCGUCCGAUUCGUCGGCGAAGAAGGUCGCAAGCUCGUCAGUGGUAGCAGCGACAACACUGUCCGUCUGUGGAACUCCAACACGGGCAGAUGCGAAAGCGUGCUGGAGGGUCAUCGCAGUCGUGUCUGGGACGUCGACUCUACGCGUACCGGUGGGCAUGUUGCUUCCGCGUCCGGUGAUUCUACCGUCAAAGUGUGGGACGUCGAGGGUGGACAGUGCAAGACGACGCUGCGAGCGGGUGUGGGCGACGUGUACAGCUGUCGAUUCCAUCCGGAUGAGAAGCACAUUGUUUCGGCAGGGUAUGACAAGUUGGUGAGGAUGUACGAUGUCGAGACGGGCUCGAUCGUCAAGACGUUCACGGGUCAUCAACUGGGUGUUUCGAGCGCCAUCUUCAACCCGCUCGGAAACCUCAUCGUGACGGCAUCCAAGGACACGACGAUUCGGUUCUGGGAUGUCGUCUCUGGUCUCUGCAUUCGAACGGUCACCGGUCACCUGGGUGAAGUCACAUCGGUCGAGAUCAACGACUCGGGUACCCUGCUGCUCAGCUCCUCCAAGGACAACUCAAACCGUCUCUGGGACCUUCGCAUGCUGCGUCCACUCAAAAGGUUCAAGGGUCAUCAGAAUACGAGCAAGAACUUCAUCCGUUCCAGCUUCGCCCACACCUCGCUGCUCGUCGGAGGCUCCGAAGACGGUCUCAUCUACAUGUGGGACCAGGAGUCGUCGGAAGUGCUCCAGACGCUCGAAGGUCAUGGACGCGAUACGUUGCAUCCAAGCAGCAAAAUUGGAUUGACAAAGACGUCGGUCGUGUCGGAUCUGACGUCGUCGCUGUCGACGAACAACAACGUGGCGUACGGGGCGGUGUGGAACAAAGCCCAGAGUCUGUUGGCUUCGUGUGGUGACGAUGGGACGGUCAAGACGUGGAUUUGGGACGAGGGGAGGGAUCUGGAGGCGAAUGCUGAUGCGGCGAGGAGGGCCAACGAUGAGUGA